AUGAAUAUUUAUCUGAAAGAAUAUUUUACACCUAGCGUCUUACAAAAAUGGAAAGAGUUACAAGAAGACCUUAAACGCGAAAGAGAGUCAGGAAAAAGAGUGGCUUUACGCUACGAUAAAAUUGUGACACUAAAACCACUUGAAUCUGAAGUACAUACACACACAGAAAGAAACAGAAACAUAAAGAAACGUUUUAUGUCUAAGUCGCCUGAAGAACCAGAGAAAGAAACUGCAAAAGAAUAUGACCACGAAAGGUCAAAACAAGUACCAAAAAAAGCCACACACCAUAACCAGUUUCCUUCGCCCAUCGCAGCAGAAUCUCAAUAA